AUGGCCACCACCACCAGCACCCGCCACUUCUCCACCUCCGGCUCUGUCCAGGGCCUGUAUGCGCCCGGUGGGGGCUUCUCCCGGGUGUCCUCCGUCCGUGUUGGGGGUGCCUGUCUGGCUCCCAGCCUCCUAAGGGCCGGCAGUGGUGGCAGCAUGUCGGUCACCUCCUCCCGCUUCUCAGCUGGCUUGGGGGGUGGCUACGCCUGCAGCCUGGGUGGGGGGUAUGGCUCUAGCUUAGGGGUGUCGGAUGUGCUGUUGGGCGGUGGUGAGAAGGCCACCAUGCAGAACCUCAACGACCGCCUGGCCUCCUACCUGGACAAGGUGCAGGUUCUGGAGGAGGCCAACGCCGACCUGGAGGUGAAGAUCCGAGACUGGUACAAGAAGCAGGGACCCGGGCUGGCCCGAGACUACAGCCCCUACUUCAAGACCAUUGAGGACCUGCGGAGCAAGGGCCUGGCGGCCACCAUCGACAACACCAGCUUUGUGCUGCAAAUCGACAAUGCACGGCUGGGGGCUGAUGACUUCCGUACCAAGUAUGAGACAGAGCUGAACCUGCGCAUGAGCGUGGAGGCCGACAUCAACGGGCUGCGCAGGGUGCUGGACGAGCUGACCCUGGCCAGGGCCGACCUGGAGAUGCAGCUCGAGGGCCUGAAGGAGGAGCUGGCCUUCCUGAAGAAGAACCGCGAGGAGGAGAUGCUUGCCCUGCGCGGCCAGUCGGGUGGCAACGUCAACGUGGAGAGGGAUGCGGCCCCUGGCGUGGACCUGAGCCGCAUCCUGAAGGAGAUGCGCAACCAGUACGAGAAGAUGGCGGAGAAGAACCGCAGGGACGCCGAGGAGUGGUUCCUGAGCAAGGAGCUGAACCGCGAAGUGGCCACCAACACCGAGGCCCUACAGAGCAGCAGGACUGAGAUCACUGAGCUGCGCCGCUCUGUGCAGAACCUGGAGAUGGAGCUGCAGUCCUGGCUGAGUCUCACGGCGCUGCUGGUCCCUUGGGCACAGAAAGCGUCACUGGAGAACAGCCUGGCGGAGACCGAGGCCCGCUAUGGGGCCCAGCUGGCCCAGCUGCAGGGCCUGAUCGGCAGCGUGGAGGAGCAGCUGGCCCAGGUGCGCUGUGACAUGGAGCGGCAGAACCACGAGUACCAGGUACUGCUGAACGUGAAGACGCGGCUGGAGCAGGAGAUCGCCACCUACGGCCGCCUGCUGGAGGGCGAGGACGCCCACCUGGCUGCACAGUACUCCUCCUCGCUGGCUUCGCAGCCCAGCCGUGAAGCCUCAGUGACCAGCCACCAGGUGCACACCAUUGUAGAGGAGGUCCAGGACGGCAGGGUGGUGUCCUCCCGCGAGCAGGUGCACCGUUCCAGGCACUGA